AAAUUCCCAUGGCCGGUUUUCCCACCCCAGCGAUCGCUGGCAUCUAUCGAUGGACGACGAUUCAUCCGCCCGCCGAAAUGGGUGCCGACCAUCGCCAAGCCCACUAGCAAAGAUGAUGCCGUGCGAUGGGUCUUGGACUCUUGGUCUCUUGGAUGCCGCACUGUCGUGGUGUGUGAUCUCUUCCAAGUUCCAAGCGCGUGAACCUUCCGUAGGCUGUAUGGCUGUAUCCCUUCUUUCCUCUUAAGUCGUACAGUCUCCUCGACAGUAGCGAGUCGAUGUCGCUCUUUGAUUGCGCUCUUUAAUUCAAUCAUCCGCAGCAGUUGUUGUAUCUGCGUCGUAUCAUGGCCGAAGGACGUCCUCCGAUUGGUUAUAUCGAUCCGAACUUCCCCAAUCCGAAUACGCCUGAUGAUGCUCGUAUCAUCAUCUAUGGCUACACGCCAUCCUUCGUGCUGGCGAUCCUAGCCAUUGUACUCUUCGCCAUAUCUGCCAUCGCCCAUGGAUUCCAGCUACGUCGGUACAAGACAUGGUACUUCACCCCCAUGUGCGUGGGAACCAUCAUGGAGAUCGUCGGUUACGCCGCACGGAUGCUCAGCAGCCGGCGAUCUCCAUACAACGUUAAAUACUUCGUGAUCCAAUAUUUCUUCAUCGUCACCGCCCCCGUCCUCUUCUCCGCCUCCAUCUACACUCUCCUCUCCGCCCUCAUCCUUCGCAUCCCCAAUGGCCGCGCCUACGCGCCCCUCCGUCCCAAGCUGAUCAUCUGGAUCUUCGUGACUUGCGAUGUCAUCGCCACCUGCAUCCAGGUCGGCGGCGCCGCCGGCAUCGGCGUCUCGCAGACGAACAACAAAGACCCCACCAUGGCCAACAAUAUCCUGCUCGGAGGCCUAGCGUUCCAAGUCGCCGCCUUCUUCCUCUUCGAGGUGCUGUUAGCGAUCUUCCUCUUCCGCGCCCGCAACACGAUCCGCGGCCGCCCUGACCGAAAGGAAGGCCUCCCGGUCUCGUCCCACGAACAAUCCGUUCAGCAGGAGCGGGUCAGUAUCUGGUUCAUCGUGGCGAUGGUUGUUGCCAGCGUGCUUGUGUAUCUGCGGACAUGUUUCCGGCUGGCGGAGACGGCGCAGGGGAUCUUUGGAGAGCUGACCUCGAAUGAAGUGUAUUUUGGGUGUCUCGAGUUCAUGCCGGUCAUUGUUGCGGUGUAUCUGUUCAAUAUCUGGCAUCCGGGGCGUUGUAUUGGACCGGGCAACCGGCUUGCAGCGUGAGGGGAAUCCGGGACGUGAUUCGAUAUGGCCUCGGGAUUGAUCUAUUUAUGUAUAUACAACACCAAUCUCCAGCCAAUAUGGUCCAGGCGAAAGAUCGGGUUGCGUCUUCGGUCUCAUUUCAUGUUCCAGAUACUUCGGGACAUAUCAGUAUAUUUAUUGAUAACGAGUUCAACCACGGACCCAUUGGGUCUCAUUCAACCGGAUGAACCGACUCAUACUAAAGUCCACUUUCGUGUUCAAUCUCCCGUCGUCCUCAUCCUCUCGAGCGGAAUCCGGAUGCGGCGGCACGAGGCUGGCGAGGAAUGCGUCAAUGCGAUGCGAUGUUACGGCCUUAUGGGUCUCUCGAAAGGGGCUCUUUGUUCACACAAUAACAGCCAACCAACCCACUCGCCCCUCGCUUGGUAAUCACACGAAGGUAGGUAGCAUCAUCGAAUGAA